ACAAAGGCCGCGAGUCAGAACAAAGACGGGAGAGACGCAGAGACGCUGGCCAGCCAGGGCGCGGGACAGCCGGGGAGGCAGGGGCCAGGGCCGCGGACGGGGCGGGGCACAGCACGCAUGUGGGACAGACGGGGACGGGACGGGGGCCAGAGCCCCACCCUGAGACCCCAGGCUGCGGCAGAGAGGGAGGGUGGAGAGGGAGGCAGGGACAAAGUCACACAGGGACAGGGACACUGAAGACACGGGGAGAGGACGCAGGGGCGAGGGGAGCGGGCACAGCGCACGGGCUGGGGGAGAGCUCGCGGGGGCAGGAGGAGGCCCGAGGCCCGCGGACCCUCGGGCAGCCCCGUGAGGGCCAGGCCACGAGCCUGGGUGCUGCAGGCUCCUGGGGGUCCCCGGACCGGGCACCUGCCCAAGGCCCCCCCACGCCAGGCAUCCCUGGGAUGGAGCCCAGGGCCCCUGAGACCCCUGAGGAGGGGGACCGAGAGGAGGACACAGCCACAGCCCUGCAGCGCCUGGUGGAGCUGACAGCCCCCCAGGUGACCCCGCUGCGCAGCCUGCGGGUCCAGUACCGCCUGCUCCGGAAGCUGGGCUCCGGCUCCUACGGCCGGGUGCUCCUGGCCCAGCCUCGCCGCGGGGGCCCCGCGGUAGCCCUCAAGCUCCUGCGCCGCGACUCGGUCCCGAGAGCCACCUUCCUGCGAGAGUUCUGUGUGGGCCGCUGUGUGUCCUCGCACCCGGGCCUGCUGCGCACCCUGGGGCUCCCCCUGCAGACGCCCCGGCACUUCGCCUUCGCCCAGGAGUUCGCGCCCUGGGGGGACCUCAGCGGGCUGCUCCAGGAGAAGGGCCUCCCGGAGCCUGCUGUGAAGCGCGUGGCGGCCCAGCUGGCCGGGGCCCUGGACUUCCUGCAUGGCCGGGGGUUGGUGCACGCCGAUGUGAAGCCGGACAACGUGCUGGUCUUCGACCCUGCCUGUGGCCGUGUGGCCCUGGGCGACCUGGGUCUGACCCGGCCCGAGGGCAGCCCGGCCUGUGCGCCCCCAGGCCCACUGCCCACCGCGCCGCCGGAGCUCUGCCUGCUGCUGCCACCUGCCACGCUGCCCCUGCGGCCGGCCGUGGACGCCUGGGGCCUGGGGGUGCUGCUGUUCUGUACUGCCACUGCCUGCUUCCCCUGGGACGUGCCGCUGGCCCCUGACCCCGAGUUCGAGGCCUUUGCCGGCUGGAUGACCACCAGGCCCCAGCCUCCUCGGCCGCCUGCGCCCUGGGACCGGUUUGCACCCCCAGCACUGGCCCUGCUCCAGGGGCUCCUGGACCUGGACCCUGACACCAGGAGUCCCCCGUUGGCUGUGCUGGACGUGCUGGGAGAAGACUGGGGCUUGGAGGCCAGCGCAGAGGACCCUGGGGGCUCAGGGAGCAGGGCCUUCGAGGACGGGGAGGAAGGGGACCUGGGGGAGUCGAGCUUGGAGGAGGGGACAGACGAGGACGAGGCAGAAGGCAGAGGCGGCGGGAAAGUGGGGACAGAUGGCGGCUCUCCCUGGCCAGGUGACUGAGACAGGUGGUCGAGGCCUGGGCCAAACGCCCCUCCCCCAGCCCAUGGCCACCUGGAAGGAAAGACAGCUGUUUCCGGAGGACGGAGGGGGGCACAGCACCUCCCCGUAAUGAAGGCCAGGCUUCAGCGUGGGAUGCCCCAACCUGGGGUCCAGGCAGGGCCUCCUCCCUCCACCCUUGCUGCUCCCUCUGUCUGGCGUGUCCUCCUGAGGAAGGCGCUGACCCUGGGCAUGCGUCUCUACUGCAGGGCAACGUCCAGCACUCACCGAGCCUUCUGGCGGCUCGCUCCUUCCUCUAGGGCCUCGGGCGGCUCCCUCCGUCCGCAGCACACUUGGCUUCAGGACCUGUCUUGGUCUCUCCCCCGUCGCGGGGCUUCUGGUGACGGCGUGGGAGUCGCCCACCGGCUGGACCGCAGCACGCAUGUGCUCCCGCAUCCUUUACCAGGCACCGUCCGCAGCCCCGCACCUCCACUCACAGCAGCGCUGUCUCCUUGUGUGGCUGCAGGGAGCGAGCGGCCGGCCUCAGCCACGCCGGGUCCCCGCCUUGGCUGGGAGCCUGUGUAGCCCGUCUGGGGCUCCUGACUCUCCAGCCUCCUGUCCGUGUUCCGGGCUGGCUUGGUCUCAUUCACUUACACACCGUCCCGGGCGCUGCUCCAGGCCCCGCGCCUGCCUCUCUGGGGGGCCCCUAAUCCGGACAGCCACCACCCGCGGCUCCAGCUCCCACUCCUGUCUGUGCCUCAGGGCACGAGGGCUGUACCUGGUGCCUCGUAUCACACCUGCAGCACAGGACCGGGGCUGGAUCCACCCAGGGAGGGUGGGCGCUGGAGGCUGUCCCUCCCUGGAGCUCACCCUUUCCUGAUUGAGAAAUGAGUCCAUGUGGGCGUGGUGGUGCACCCCAGUCACCCCAGCACUCUGGGAGACUGAGGCAGGAGGGUCACAAGUUCAA